AUGGCGACUUCGGCGAUCUAUAUUUUGGAUCUCAAGGGAAAGGUGAGCAAAUUUCACUGGUAAAUAUAUAUCGGGAAAAUUGAAUUUUCAGACAAUUAUCGCGCGAAAUUAUCGUGGAGAUAUCGAUUCGAGUGCAAUUGACAAAUUUAUUGGACUUUUGAUGGAGAAAGAGGAGGAGGGACAAAGUUCGCCGGUUUUAACAUAUCAUGAGACGAAUUUUGUGUUCAUUAAGCACACUAAUAUUUAUUGUGAGUUCAAAAAUGCGUUUUCAAGGGGAAAGUGUUUUUUUAGUGAAUUUUGAGCUCAAAUUUGAAUGACAAAAUGUGGUUCUGCAAAAAAACUUGAAUUUUUUGAAUUAGAAAAUACGUGAACGUGAACUUUUCCACUAGCCAGCUUCAUUUCGAAAUUUUUCAUUUGUGGAAACUGCCACGUCAUAACUCAAUCAGCUAAAAAUUAUUUUUUCUUCCAGUGGUCUCCGCAUGCCGUGCCAACGUAAACGUCACAAUGAUUUUGUCAUUUUUGUACAAAUGUGUCGAAGUGUUCACCGAAUAUUUCAAAGAUGUUGAAGAGGAGUCGAUUCGUGAUAAUUUUGUGGUGAUUUAUGAGUUGUUGGAUGAGAUGAUGGAUUUCGGGUUUCCGCAAACCACUGAGAGCCGCAUUUUGCAAGAGUAGGCGAUUUUUGGGGGAUUUUCGAUCGAAAAAUCUGCAUUUUUGCGUCAUUUUGAAUGUAAACACUGAAUUCGACGAGAAAAUGCAGAAAACACUAGAUUUGACGGGAAAUCACAGAAUUUUCAUAAAAAUCUGCAUUUUUGCGUCAUUUUGAGUGUAAACACUGAAUUUGACGAGAAAAUGCGGAGUUUUCAAAAUCCAAACACUACAAACUACGCAAAAAUGCAGCAUUUCUAUGAAAAUCUGCAUUUUUGCGUCAUUUUGAGUGUAAACACUGAAUUUGACGAGAAAAUGCGGAGUUCUACCUAAUUUUCAGUGUAAAAACACUAGAUUUGACGGGAAAUCACAGAAUUUUCGAAAAAAUCUGCAUUUUCGCGUCAUUUUGAGUGUAAACACUGAAUUCGACGAGAAAAUGCGGAGUUUUCAAAAUCCAAACACUACAAACUACGCAAAAAUGCAGAAUUUUUGAAAUUUUCUUCAGAUACAUCACCCAAGAAGGUCAAAAAUUGGUGUCUGCACCACGUCCACCAAUGGCAGUCACCAACGCCGUUUCCUGGCGUUCCGAAGGCAUAAAAUAUCGAAAAAACGAGGUAAACCCCGCCGCAUUUUCAGCCAAAAAUCGCCAAAUUUUGCAGGUUUUCUUGGAUGUCAUCGAAAGUGUCAACAUGUUGGCCAGCGCCAAUGGCACCAUUUUACAAUCGGAAAUUGUGGGAAGUGUUAAGAUGCGCGUCUAUUUGACCGGAAUGCCGGAGCUUCGUUUGGGAUUGAAUGAUAAAGUGCUGUUUGAGGGAAAUGGACGUGAGUUUCUUGUGGCCUAGAAAACCAACGUUUUUCUAGGCCAUCAAUUUUUUCUUUUUUUCUUCGUUUUGUGGGGUUUUUUAGCUCAAAUUUUCAUGUUUUAGGAGCAAAAUCGAAAUCUGUUGAACUCGAAGAUGUCAAAUUUCAUCAAUGUGUUCGAUUAUCGCGUUUUGACACAGAUAGAACGAUUUCUUUCAUUCCACCUGACGGAGCUUUUGAAUUAAUGAGUUAUAGGUGAGAUUUUCACCCUAGAAUUUUUCCCCCUCAAAAACCUCCCCGCAUUGCUCAGAUUAACAACACUGGUGAAACCGUUGCUCUGGGUUGAUACAAGUAUCGAAAGACACAGUCAUUCGCGUGUCUCCUUCAUCAUCAAAGCCAAAUCGCAAUUCAAACGGCGCUCCACUGCGAACAAUGUCGAGAUUAUUAUUCCAGUGCCAAGUGAUGCGGAUUCGCCAAAGUUUAAGGUUGGUUUUCUAGGUCAUGGCCUAGAAAUCCGCAAUUUUUCUUGCAGACCUCAAUCGGCUCGGUCAAAUAUAUGCCCGAACAAUCGGCCAUUGUUUGGACCAUCAAAAGUUUUCCGGGCGGAAAAGAAUAUCUGCUCACCGCCCAUCUUUCAUUGCCUUCUGUGAUGAGCGAGGAUGCUGAGGGAAGACCGCCGAUUAAGCUGAAAUUCGAAAUUCCCUAUUUUACCACUAGUGGAAUUCAGGUGGGAAAAAGCAAGUGCGCUCUAUUGAAAAUGUGGUUUUCUUCUGAAAAAUUCGAGUUUUUCAUUGAAAAUUCAUGUUUUCUUGGAGAAAAUCAAGUGCGCUCUAUUGAAAAUGUGGUUUUCUUCAAGAAAAUUUGAAAAAAUUCACCAGAAAAUACAAAUUUGCUCUAUUGCAAUUUUCAGUUUUUCAAUAGACAAUUCAAAUUUUCUGGGAUAAAAUAGCAAGUGCGCUCUAUUUAAAAUGUGGUUUUCUUCAAGAAAAUUUGAAAAAAAGUUUUUCACCAGAAAAUACAAAUUCGCUCUAUUGAAAUACCAAAUUUUAAAUUAGAAAUUCAAAUUUUCUGUGAUAAAAUAGCAAGUGCGCUCUAUUGAAAAUCUGGUUUUCUUCAAGAAAAUUUGAAAAAAUAAGUUUUUCACCAAAAAUUACAAUUUCGCUCUAUUGAAAUACCAGAUUUUGAAUUAGAAAUUCAAAUUUUCUGUGAGAAAAAGCAAGUGCGCUCCAUUGGACUCUUGCAUUUCUCUUGGAAAUUUUGAAUAUUUGUUGAAAACCCUGGUUUUUUCAAAUGCGCUCCACCGAAAUCUUAAAAUUUCCUCCUAAAAAUUCAAAAUUUUUUUGCAGGUUCGCUACUUGAAAAUCAUUGAGAAAAGCGGUUAUCAAGCAUUGCCCUGGGUUAGAUAUAUUACACAAAAUGGAGAAUAUGAGCUAAGGAUGAAUUAG